CAUACCAAAAUCAUUUCUACAUUGCAUUUAAGAUUAUGUCUAAGUUGAAAAUGCUAGUAAAUUGUGCAGGCUGUGGGGCCAGACAUAAUUAUGAAUGUUAUUGAAGAACACGUACGAGGAGGGAAAAGGGAGUGUGGUUAGUGUUUUCUUGGUGGGGGUAAAGUAUAAUUCUUUGUUUACCAAGCAAUGAAACGAGAGAGAGGGAUAACUCUAAAAAAAUGACUGUAUUUUAAAAAUGGAAGUUCAUUUCAUCCUAUUCAUUUUUAAGGUGGUUAUAUGGCUCAACCAGAACUUUCUGUUACCAGAAGAAACUAACAUUCAGAAUGCUCCAUUUCAAGUGUGUUUCACAUCCUUACGGAAUGGUGGCCAGCUGUGUAUCAAGAUAAAACCGAGUGGAGAGAUCACUGUAAAUACUGAUGAUAUUGAUUUGGCUGGUGAUAUCAUCCAGUCGAUGGCAUCAUUUUUUGCUAUUGAAGACCUUCAGGUAGAAGCGGAUUUCCCCGUCUACUUUGAGGAAUUACGAAAGGUGUUAGUUAAGGUGGAUGAGUACCAUUCAGUGCAUCAGAAACUCAGUGCAGACAUGGCUGAUAAUUCCAAUCUGAUCCGGAGUUUGCUGGUCCGAGCUGAGGAUGCUCGUCUGAUGAGGGACAUGUGAGUAUUUACCGUGGCUAAGAUAGGUACAAGGU